AACUGACAACAUCGACUUUCAAAAUGGCGGCGUCCACAAAUGCUACUCUAUCUUUUAGAUGGUUGGAAUUACUGGAAAAAGAAUUCGACAAGGCAUUUGUCGAUUUGGAUUUGCUAUUGGGAGAAAUAGAUCCAGAUCAAUGCGAUAUAACUCUGGAAGGUCGAGAAAAAAUGACGGCGCUAAGCGCCGCUUUUGCCCAACUUUGCCACAAAGCGCAAACGAUUUUUCAAGCCAAUGCCAAACUUGAAGCACAAUUAGUCGACAUGAGAUCCGAUAUUCACGAAGUACGCGGAACAAAGAGUAUCCUCGAGAAAGAAGUUCAUAAUACUCUGUUAGCUCUCCACAAAAGCCAGGUGGAGAUGCAGGAGAAAUUAGGCGUACACGUAACGGACGUAGAAUCCGAAACAAUUAAAAAGAAAUUGGAGGAAGAAAUACAGGCUCGAAAGAAAGUCGCUCUACCUGAGAAAAAGCUUGAUGCCGAAGUAAAAGAACUUCGCCGCGAAAAUUCAGAGCUUCGACAAUUUAUUCUGGCUUUACAAAGUGAAGUAUACGGAGCACGUUUAGCUGCAAAAUACUUGGACAAAGAAUUGGCCGGAAGAAUCCAACAAAUUCAACUAAUUAAUAGAGAUAUUAAGGGACCCGAACACGACAAAGUUUGGAAUCAGUUAGAAGCCGAAAUUCAUUUACAUCGUCACAAAACAGUCAUUAGGGCUUGUAGAGGUCGGAAUGCUAAAAACAAAAAGUUACCCUCUCCCCCCGAACACGAUUUUCAAACUCUUAAAAAGCAGCAAGGAGUAGGAGAGGUACGGACAGUAAGUUUGUACAAAGGACCGGACGAGGGGUUAGGAAUAAGUAUAACUGGUGGAAAAGAACACGGAGUACCGAUUCUCAUCUCUGAAAUACACGAAGGUCAACCUGCGGAAAAAUGCUCAGCUCUUUACGUCGGAGACGCUAUCCUCGCUGUCAACGGUAUAGAUCUUCGAGGGGCAAAGCAUACAGAAGCAGUUAAUGUUUUAUCUCGGCAGCAAGGUGAUAUCGAAAUGAAGGUAGUUUUCGUCGCUCCCGACGACGAAAGUGACGAUGAUCAGACUGACGUGGAGGACGCCUAUGGAUUUCGAUAUAGAAUAUUCGAUGAAGUUGUUUGCGAUUCUCCCAUUAACAAUACUGUUAAUGGGGCUGUUGAUAAUGGUCCAGUUGCUAGUAGGGGAGCAAGCGUUGAAAGGAUGUCUGGCGAUGAGCCUGCUCCAAGCGCAAGUUCCAGCGUUCAAAAUUCACCUGACAAAAAGCCUUUGCUACAGACUAACAGUCCAAGUGAAGAGUAG